GGAGAAGCAAGAGAACAAAGAGAAGAAGAUGUCAGGGACCAGUCAUACUGUCAUCCAGUCAUCCACGGAGUAAGAAGGAAAGUAAGACAUGAAGUAAGAAAAGGAAAAAGUUCAAGGCAAAAGCAGGAAACAUUGGAAGAAAAUUACAGUCUCCUUUUUAUGACUGUUCUGCUAGGAAACAAGAUAUUCUGACUGUUAGUGAAAAUUUUCACCAGGAGAGUCAAUGGAGUUUUCACUCAAUUGCCUUCUCCACCUCUUAAUGCUUCCUGUCUGCACACAAGAAUCAGUGUAUUCACAGGAAAUAAAGCAUAAGAAUUAUGAAACAGCUGUACUGGGAAGAAACGUGACCAUCUUCUGCAAUUUGACAAGUCUGGAAAAUGUUCUGCAAGUCACCUGGCAGAAAAUUGAAGGCUCUUUGCCACAAAAUAUCGGCACUUACAGCCAUAAAUAUGGAGAAAAUAUUAUCCCACCAUAUGUGAACAGGCUGCACUGCGAGAUCCUGGAACCCAGUGCCUCCUUCAUAACCAUCCAAAAAGUGACAUUUGAAGAUGAAGCCUGCUACAAGUGUCUGUUUAAUUCCUUUCCACAUGGCAGCCAUGGAGGACAAACCUGCCUUAACGUCCUAAUUGUUCCUGAAUUAAUAACAGAACUCCAUCCUGUUCCUGGCUCUGAAGAUCUCCUUAACCUUCAUUGUUCAGGGGUGGGAAAGCCUGCUCCUGGAAUCUCCAUUUACCCUUCAGAAGCACUAGUGCUCACACAGAAAGAGUACUUUACUGAGAACCCAAAUAGCACAGUGACCACCACUAAAAUAUACAACAUCUCUUUGAAAGCUGUCAGGUCCUUGGGCCUCCAGCACCUGGUUGUGUCCAUGACUCACCCCAUAGGAAAUGAAGAGAAGAUAGUUCCUCUGCCAGUAAAGCAAGAAGGUACCGUGGAUCAAUUCAGGAUAACUGCAAUUAUAUUCAUCAUUUUAUUUCUCAUUUCAUGUAUCAUCAGUGCUUUUUUCUAUAUUUACUUUAAAAAGAAAAGGUCAGAGAACACGCCUGUCUCAUUAUCGACACUGCGGCCCGGACCAUCAUCAACAGAACCUGAAGGCUUAAUAGGCCACCACCAUCAGACAGGUAUAAAUGAUCAAUGUCUUGCUCUGCUCAGUCAUCAUCAUAAGAGCUUCCUUCAACAAGGUGGUAACAAAUACAGAGAUUCAUAAACAGACAUUUGUUUUUGGAGAGUGAGAGGCCUUUGAACACUCAGCCUUAAAUGGAAUGUCUCCAUCAAAUCCCUCCCCUCGGAGCUCAGAUGACCCUGCGAAAGAGCAGGCAGAAAGAGUGGAAGAGCCAGAAGGGAUGGAGGAUGCCAAGAACACAGUCUCCUAUAUUAACAUGAACAAAGCUUCUAUGAACUCACAGAGACUGAGGUGGCAUGGAAAGGGCCUGCAUGGGUCUGCACCAGGUCCUCUGCGUAUAUAUUAUGGUUUCCAGUUUAGUGUUUUCAUGGGAUUCUUUUGUGUGAGAAUUUGUUAGUCAUAUAUAUUCUUUUGGCCCCUUUUCCUCCUGGUGGCUUGUCUUGUUCACCUUUGAUGUGAUUGGAUUGGCUUUGCUUUUUUAUGUUUUGAAGAAAGUGAAUGAAUGAAUGGAUGAAUGAAAACCUAGUUACAAGGGUAAAGGUUAACAACUCAACUGUCAUUUAUAGCUGCGGGGAGAGGGAAAGCAGUUUUCUCCAAUAGUGACAUACCAACCACUCCAGUGCAGGCUUCAUGAUCAAGAGUAGCUGACUAACCUAUAUGGACUCCAUAUAUAUUUCUUUUUGUUUUAUUUUGUGUUGUUGGAUUUUUUUUUUAAAAAAUAAAUUGUAUGCUUCAA